CAUGGAUUGUUUUAGAAGAGAAAAACAACUAAAUGCCAGAAUUAAAGCUCAACACCUUCGUACGAAGUCUUUUCAUGAACACGAAGACUUAAGACUGCAAAACACUUAUAAAAGACUUGAAACUUUUUGGGAAAAAACACAAAGUCGAAUAAAGAAAGAAAAACAACUUCUGGUUGAAGAACUCUUGACUAAUGAGGAAUUGAAAGAAGCUGACGAAGCUCUCAAACAAAAAGAGCUGAAAGAAUCUCCCCGAAAUAGUCCAAGCUAUGAUUGUCAAUUUGCUUAUCCCAGUAGGAAUAAGAUUACAUGCAAUAUUUGGCCCUGCAGAGUCUCUGAAUCGUAUAACUCAAUUGGUAAAAAUGAGCUUUUAAUUACUUUGGCCAAAUGGAUGGAAUGUUUAUACAGUUUACUUUUCUUUCUAGGUUUUGACAUAGAUCAAACAAAGCCGGCUUUAGAUAGAUUUAGAACCAGUUUAAAGAUGGCUACAAGCAGUGUAAAUACUGAGAAAUUGAUAUCGGAUUUAGAAGCAAGAUCGAUAAGAAGACGUCAGAAUUCGUCAAAAAAUAAGAUUUUGCAUAAGCAGCAAGGUUUAGCACAGUUGCUAGUUCAAUUGAGAAAGAAUAGUGAAAAAGUAAGGCCAGAUGAUUGGGUAGUUAAUUACGGGAUGUCUUCUCCAAAGAGAAAACUAACCACAGUUGUUUUACCGAGAUAA